ACCUAUAUUUAUCCUAAUUUUACAGGACACCUGCAGCUAUCAGUUCAAGUGUUGUAUGUACUGGUGACAGGUACUUCAAACUACUAAUAAAUAAAUCAAGCUGAGUAAGGGAUAGACCGGACAGGAGAUUCAAUUCAUAAGUUUCAGUGCAGCCAGACAGCCAACAUGAUGAAAGUCUGCCUAUAUGUGAUGCCAUUUGUACUGGGUAUAGUCUACGGCUUGGAGCAUGUGCAUCACAACAACACCAUGAUGGCGGAGUAUCUUGUGCAAGUAAACACAACAUAUCCAAGCAUCACCAAUCUGUACAGUAUUGGCAAAUCUGUGAGAGGAGAAGACCUAUGGGUUUUGGCAAUUGGAAAGAAUGUUCACAAUCAUGUAUCGCUACAACCUCAUGUUAAAUACAUAGGCAACAUGCAUGGAAAUGAGGUUGUCAGCAGAGAACUACUUUUACAUUUGAUUGACCUUUAUGUGACCUCUUAUGGAACUAACACGACCUUGACCUCUUUCCUGGAUACAACUGUUGUGCAUAUAAUGCCCUCAAUGAACCCUGAUGGAUAUGAAGACUCUGUGGAAGGUCAGUGUGGAGGAGUUACAGGCAGACAAAAUGCAAAUAACAUUGACCUUAACCGGAAUUUCCCGGACCUUAUGCACAAUGACAGCCAAGGUGUGAUCCAACCAGAAACGCAAGCUGUUAUUGACUGGUUGCCAAUGUACAAUUUUGUGCUCUCUGCUAACCUGCAUGGUGGAGCAUUGUUGGCUAACUACCCUUAUGACAACUACCUGAACAGUAGCUGGCCUGCUGGUUCAGGAGAGUCUGAAUGUCCUGACCAUGACACUUAUAGACAUAUAUGUCUUGUGUACUCAAGGUCACAUCAUACAAUGGCUGCCACUAAUGGCUCAGAAUGUCCUGGUGACUUUUUCCUUGAUGGGAUUACUAAUGGUGCUGACUGGUACCCAGUAGCAGGUGGGAUGCAGGAUUACAAUUACAUGGCAGAAGGAAUAUUUGAAAUCACCCUGGAGGUGUCUUGCUGCAAGUUCCCUAAUGCUUCAUACUUGGAGCAACACUGGACACACAACAAAGAUGCACUCAUCAACUAUCUAUUUGAAGUUCACAGAGGUGUGAAGGGUGUAUUGCGUGAUGAGAACAAUAACUAUAUAGUUGGGGCUGAACUGACCAUUCAGGGGAGAGAAUCUGUUCCAUUUCAUACCAAAGCAAAUGGAGAGUUCUACAGAAUCCUCAUGCCAGGACAAUACAGAAUUGAUGUAUCCUACAAUGAUGCAACAACAUCUGGGACAUUCACAGUCACUGAGGGUGAAGUGACAAGACACGAUAUCACUCUAAAGCUCAACCAAACUGACUCUUCAGACUGUACGACAAUCAACUGUUACAUGAUGGCAGCCUUGUUGGCUAUUUCUUCUAUAUUAAACAAUUUAUCUGGACAAAACUAACAUAUCAUGUUAAUAUUUAAGAACUAAGGUAGUUCUGCAUGUUUGAUAAACUGGAAGUGAUGGUUUAACGUCAUUUAUCUUGAUAACAAAGAAGCCUGAACCAACAUACAGAAACUACAUUCACGAUAUGAAUUAAUGGCAAACUGUGAUUAAGCUUAUUAAAACGCCAAUGUAACUAUCUUUCUAAAGAUAAAACAUUAUAUAAAAUUUUUUGACACAUUAAAUAAUGCCUAAAAAUCAAUCUGAAAUGUGCACAAGUGUCAAAAACAGACUAUAUAUUUUAUUUCACAAUAUUAUAGACCACAGUCAUGUUUAUUUAUCACUGCGGGAAGUUUCAUUAAAAUCUGCAGUAUAGAAAAAUGUCUAUUAGUGAAGAAUGUCACUACAACUGUGAUUUUCCUACAGACUUCCAUUAUAUAAAAUUCAUUAGGUCCAUUUUUCUUUCAAGUAAGUCUAGCAAACUCAAGCACAUGACCCUACAUUUAUUAUUUGCCAAAUUUUCUAUGUAUAUUCAUAAGUUUAAAAAGAAUUAGGGAUUGGGAUUUUAUCAAAUUCUACAUGAUUGUAGAUUAACUUGAUCCAGAUAAAAUUAUGCAGAACUACCUUUUAUACAAUUUUUUUUUUCUGUACUACUUUUUUUAAGCUGUGAUAUUAAUGUAGUGGGUCUGUAAUGACCAUUAGCAAUUUCUAUUUGAUUAAAUAUUCUCUGUAAACGAUUUCAGCAUUCCCUAUUUUUUACACAGAUCAAAAAAAGUAAUUUUUGGGCACUAACGUCGCAUCAACACAAUCAUAGGUCAUAUGGCAACCUUCCAGCUUUAAUGGUAGAGGAAGACACCAGGUGCCCCUCUAUGCAUUAUUUCAUCAUGGGCAGGCACCUUGGUAGAACCACCAACCUUCUGUAAGCCCGCUGGAUGGCUUCCUCACACGAAGGAAGUCUCCUGGAUACCUGAAGUGAGGUUCGAACCCAUAUUGGUAAGGGGCAAGUGAUUUGAAGUCAGCGACCUUUAUCACUCAGCCACAGAGCCCCUGCCCCCUACACAGAACCACAAGCUUGUUGAGAUACAUUGAGGGCUGAAGAAAACUUAGUUAGAAAACAAAAAUAAAUAAUCAGUCUGAAACUGCCUAAAGUCCUUAUUGGGACUUAACCUUCAUAAAAGUUAUAUAAUCCCAAUUUUUACAUCUAUCUAUAUCUAUGAUAGCCAGUUUAUUUACACACAUAUGUCCAAGCUAAGUAAAGAAAUAAUGGAAGUUUAUUUAUCUAUGUUUAUCAGGAAAACCAUAAACUGACUUUGCUUUUUUCUGUCUACAUACAACACAUAAAAGAAAAGCAUAAUAAAACUAAUACACAACAGAUAUGAAAUUAUUAUCUAUAUUCACUUCAUUAACUGUCAGUGCCUCAGUGAUCUUUUUUAUGUUUGUGAUAAAUUAAAAAUACUACAAGUUCCA